AUGACCGCCGCCUCCACCGCCUCCGCGCCUCUCGCUCCCGCCAGAGCCCCGACGACGCCGCGACCCAAGCAUGCCGCCUCCUCUCCGCCCCCCGAGGCCGGUGCCGUGGCAGAUCGCCGGAGCAACCGUCCCGGACCGGUCGACCCGCUGUCUGAUCGGGCCACGCUGAGCCUCAUCCGCCGGACGCUGUGCCCUCAAGAGCUGGGCGACAAGGGCAGAGAUGCCCAGCGGCCGAUCGAGGAGCUGCUGCCGCCGCUGACGAGCCGCAACGAUGUUGAUCUGCAGCUGUACGCCUUGCUCGCCAUCAUCAUGCGCGAGUUUGUGCAGAGCUGGUACGGCAAGAUCACCACGGAUGAAACGUUUGUGCCGGAGAUCCUGCACAUCAUCGCCCACUGCACCACGGCACUGGAGCAACGGUUUAGGAAACUGGACAUGGAGAGCCUGCUCUUGGACGAGAUCCCAGAGCUGCUCGACAGACAUGCUACAGGCUACUCGUCGUGUGGCCUCUCGAGCUGCUCUGCAACCCUCGGUGAUGCAUCAUCUGUGAGGCUACAGAAGGACAACGAAGCAACGUAUCGCCAGCUGCUGGUCCAGGCCGUCCUAGCCAUCCUGCUCCCGACUGAGGAUUUGGAGAACCCUUGCUUGACUGCCCUCGUGGAGCAAAUCCUUUCGGAGCUAAUCAUCGGCAAUGUUAUCGCUGGCAAAGCAUCCCAACCAUGGCUUCUCUACGAAGCCAUCUGUAUCGCCGCAAAGUCGCUGGAUGAGCAGAAAGCUAGGGCAAAGACAAGGAUCGUGUCCGGAAAAGACCAACCAUCACCAUUGUUAUCGGACCUUGGCCAAGAUGCGGACAAGUCUCCAAAGUGGACGGCCCAAGGGGUCUUUGUGUUGGCUAUUCACCUGGGCAUCCUCCUUUUCAACGCAGUUAGAUUCAUGGUGGUCACCUUGGCGGACUCCAUGUCGUUGCCGCCUCGGACGGCGCUUCAUCUCGAUGAGGAAGCCGCAGAUGAGGUUCAAAACGACAAGCAGCCAUCACCACCAACGGAUACGGACCUCACUCCGGCUAAAGUACCUGUGCUAGCUUUCAAACUGUGGGCUUGUUUUGGAAACUUGAUUGAGCUGGAGGACAGGAAGCCCUGGCUGGGUGGCUUCAUAUCAUUAUUACAGACUGCCGCCGUCAACGGGCCAUGGCGAAUUGCGGGGCUCGAUGGUCCCCUCGACAGACUCCUCUCGCACCACAUUCAAUCUCUCUUCGACCCCUCUCAUCUACCACCCCUCCUUCGGUCGCUCCGAGGCGCCCUGUUCCCUAACAACAGCCCCGGCUCGUCCAGUCUUGCAGCUCCCCAGUCGGAGGAAGAGCUGCUCGCCCUGCGCCGUAGGGCCGCCCGCGCCAUACGGGGCCUGCUCCCCACAAGUGUGGCCCGCGUGUACUUUGGCGGUCGGCUUUGGCGCUUGGGCGGGUUACUUGGCUCUGGCGACAAUUUCGGACGGUCGUCUGCCGCGGUCGACAGGGAAGAUGACGAGAGGGUCGUGGAUGAGCUGGCGGGUCUCCUCGACGUUGUUGGAGACGAGUACUGCAACAAACAUCUCAUGUAUAGCGUGCUGGAGCUCGUUCUCGUGAGGCUGAUGCCAGAGCUAAGCGAGAAGGGUGUCGUGGAACUAUGGGAAGAAAGACUUGGCUAAUCACCCAUGAAAUAGAGACCAUUUUUCUUUCAGGUAACCUAUAGAGUGUAUAAACAAGGCCUUUUUCUUCUUCUUCCCUCUUUUGCAUAUAUAGGUACUAUACUAGUAUGGACAUGACAGCAGUAGUGUAGUACGACUUUUCCGUCCGCACCCCCUGUUCUAGGUCCUGUCUAAUAGACACGCCUCCACAUAGAUAAAUCCAUCCACAUGUAUGUAUCCAGUACAUACGGUAUGUUUGUCAAAAUGCGGCCCAUCUAAAUGAAAGAAAAAGAGGGAAUUAAACGGGGGUCUUUUAGCGGCCACAUUGGCCUUAGCAUGUUAGAUGCCGAAAAUUAUGCCCUCAU